AUGUGCGGUUGCAGAAAAGCAGGCCUCAAAUGCCCCGCAGUGUGCCUUCACUGUUCUGGAGAAACCUGUACCAAAAUUAUGAAAAUAACAAAAUUAAUAGAAGAAAAUGAAUUUGAAGAAUUGCCAACAAAUACUUCAAUUUUAACUCCUGUCAUUCCCCACACCUUCACAUUCGACGUUGAAUUAGAAUCUGAGUCACAACCUGGACCAUCGAAGAAGAGUAAAAUGGGAUAA